AUGGCCAGGACCAUCGCCAACGUGAUCAAAAAGGCAGUUGAAAAUGGCAGCCUAAGCCUCAACGUCCACGGCACCGUAUUUGUUCCCGAUAAGAAGUCGGUACACAUUUCAGAGCCUGAGAGAUUAUGUGAUACAGGGCAAGUGUACCAAGAAGAACUCUGCGGUGAGAUAAAAAUGGAUUCCAUUUGAACAAUAAACGGAAAUUUAUAUAUGGUAUAUUGGUUUACUUAACCAGAGUUAAAUACGAAACUUUAAUUAGAGUUUACCUCACUUUCCAAAUCCCGACUGUAAGUAGCCAAAAUUCCGCGCGUAACUUAGGGGAAAAGUAAUUGGUGAGUAGCCUUGAAAUCCUUUUAUUGUUUUGUCUUUCCUUAGUAAGCUGUACAUCUGGAACAUACCUGAAUAAGGUCCUUGGUAUAUGUGAGGACUGCCCCAUUGGAACGUAUCAAGAAUACGAAUCACAAGAGAGUUGCCUGCCAUGUCCACAAAAAACUUCAACUGUAGAGUCCAGAACAGACCACCGUUCAAGUUGUCUAGGUUUGUACAGAAGUAUAAUACAUUAAUGGCCUCUAUUUAGUUAAGUACGAAUUUCUCCUCAAUCGUCACUGUCAUUUUCACUCUUCUUAUUUUGCGUAACAAUGACUAUGUAAUUAAACAAUAAUUAGAUUCAGUUUUUGUGAUAUCUGAAAUAAUCAAGGUUUCGGCAAGUGUUUUAUCGGCCUCGGCCUGCGGCUCGGCUGAUAACAGUUACCUCGACCUUGAUUAUUACGGAUACCACAGAAAAUCUCAUCCAAUAAUUGCUUAAAAUCGCCUUUGAAAAUGCUGCGUACAAUCAAUAAUAGCAAAUAUGCGCCAAGGAGUGGGGAGAAAUUGACAUAUAAACUCAGUGUAGUCUUUGUUACAACGUUUUUGGUUGUGUCUUCUUUUCAAAGCUUUUUGCAAGGCUGGAUCAUAUUCGCCUACGGGACUGGAGCCUUGCAUCUCGUGCGAAAAGGGCUUUUAUCAAGAGAAAGAGGGACAAAAAGGGUGUUUUAAAUGCAUCUCAGCCACAACGACUCCUGGCAUCGGAUCCACUGCCCCAAAGGAGUGUAGAGGUAGGUAA